AUGGCCUUCAACUUCAACUGGUCGCCUUUGACAGCCGAUGCCUCUUUCUACACUAGGGCACAAGAGCUUCUCACGACUGCUUUGAACAAGUCCCCGAAGCCCCCCAUCAUCGUCGACGACAUCCUAGUCAAUGAGCUCAACCUGGGCUCCGUGCCUCCAGAUCUUGAGAUCCUCGAAAUUGGAGACCUGGCGGAGGAUCGAUUUCGGGGCAUCUUUAAGAUGUGCUACACUGGAGAUGCAUAUCUUACACUGAAAACCAGAGUCCAGGCAAAUCCUUUGAAUACCUAUCUAUCUACAAAACCUUCCUUCACCUCCCCACAACCUCUCGCUGCCUCCUCUGGCCUCACGAUCCCUCUACAAAUUACACUAUCCGAAAUCAAGCUAUCCGCAUUUAUCAUACUGGUGUUUUCAAGGCAGAAAGGUCUCACGCUCGUCUUUCGAAAUGACCCGCUGGAGUCGCUCAAGGUGUCUUCUACCUUCGACGCAAUACCCUUUGUCAGAGACUAUCUGCAAAAAGAGAUUGAAGGCCAGUUGCGGACGCUUCUCAUGGAUGAGGUUCCUGUGAUAAUCCAUCGUCUGUCUUUACGACUCUGGGUCCCAGAAUAUCGAGAACGAGAAGACGAGGAGCUAGCGCGGAAUCUCCAAGACUCCGCAACCGGAGAGAAGCCAAUGGAUCCAUUAGCAAGUCCUCCUCAAGAUCCAGUGGACAGUUGUGGGAAUAUUUUGGAUGCAUCGCAGAUAGCUUCUCUAUCUCUGGAUUCAGGCCCCGAAAUGCACGCUCUCUUCUCACAAAAGAAUCUUCUGCGCCUGAGUGCUUUGACGGAUUCGCACAGGACUUUGUCACUUUUCACACCUGGCAUUAGGGACGUUGUCUUCAGGGCUUGGGCGGGGCCUACGGAAAGAGGAGAAAUGCAUGGAAGCAGUGGACGAGCGACGCCUAUGACGCCGGUCAUGGCACGCAGCCAAUCCUACACGGGCAAUGCUAGUACAACAUACGUGUUUUCGGAAGCCGGUGACACUGGGCAUCAUCCGUCCAGACCGGGAUUGUCGUCCUUUGGAUCGGCAGCUUCAGGCUUAGGUCUCGGAUCAAACAAGCACGGAAAGACCCACGGAGGGCGGAAGCGAAAGCGUCGGGUCGUCAAUCUAAGGAAGAAAGCAACGGAUGGAAACGAUGUGGAGAGUGUGAGCGGCGAGAGUACCACAGCGUCUGGGACCAUGUCUUCAGCACCGUCAGAAUCUGGCGCUCGUCCUGUCACACCAGAGCGAUGUGACGGGGAGCUUGUCACUCCUCCUAGGACGCCAGAAAACACAGCGGCACAAAAAGAGCCAGGCGAUGGCACGCCUCUACGGUUCAGGAAUUUCACGCCUCGUCAGCCUCAACGAGCUGAUGUUUCAGAAAACACACCCAGGCAACCCCAAUACAAGGUGCCCUCGCCACAUUCGCUAACACAGUCUGGUUCUCGAACCGCCAAGCGGCCUUCGUUACGACCGCCAGAUCCUUUACAAACUACUCGAUACCCUGUCGAGAAAGGACCAAAGCCAGAAGCUUCGUCAUCCUCAACGGCAACUCUCCAACAAUUAUCUCCUUCACCCAUCGAUGAGUCUUCUUCAGGUGGUAUGGUGCCACAGCCCUGGUUGACCAAGAUGGCGGGUGAGAUUGCUCGCAAAGUGCAAGAUCAGAAGGCGGCGAACAGUGGAUUUUGGGAUCGAAAUAACGAGGCACAGGAGGAGCCGCCGCCCGCUUACGGGUCUUAG